AUGUCCUCAACACAACUUUCUUCAGAGGAGAUAGCCGAGGAUUAUAGAUCCUCUCUGGAGGAUUUAGCCUUCAACUCAAGGUAUGAGAUCAGCAAUUUGACGGUUAUCGCGAAAGAAAAUAUACAUGCCGCGCAAGCAAUAGCCAGAACCAUCGAAGAACACAUUGCCAAAGUAAGCGCCCCCGAUUCCUUUUUGUUUCCGGUAUAUCUAUAUAUAUCCUGUGUAAUCGCCUUCACCCUCACGUUUACGCAUCGAAUUUCCUGGAUUUUGGUUGGUAAUCACAUGUAUCUUUUGGAAUCCACUAGAGAGAGGCGGAGAGAAAAUCCCAGCCAGGAGAAGUUUGCAGGCGCAUGACCGUAUCAUGACUACUCGAACAGUUGCUAAUCCCUAUAGACCUCGCCUAACAGGAAACUCCCCGCGCUGUACUUGCUAGACUCGGUUGCUAAAAAUGUUGGAACACCUUACACACUUUUCUUCCAGCGGGAUCUCUACUCGACGUUUAUGAAUGCCUACUCAAAGGUUGAGCCUUCUGUGCGACGGAAGUUGGAGGAGAUGCUUCACACAUGGAAGCAGCCCGUCCCCAAUUCUUCAUCAAGCAAUCCUGUGUUUUCUUCAGAGGUAACACGCAAAAUAGACAAUGCUCUUAUUAAAGCCAGAACUGCUGCUCUCCAACAUCAACAGAAGCAGAUGAAGCAACAGAGCCAGGAUCCAAAAGCUUACAAUAGAUCUAUUGUUACACCGCCGCCGCCGCCACCACAACUACAUCCACAAUACAAGAACACACCACCGCCCGUGGCCAAUGGCCCUUCGCAAUAUAUGAACGGGCAAGGCUAUGACUACGGGAACAAUGGCCAAGGCGUCUAUGGCAGAAAUACGGUUGGUUACAGGAGAGAAGAUCCCAUGGUUCGCCCAUAUGCUCAUAUACUUCAGGCCGUGCUGAGCCAAUCCGCCCCGGCAAAUCCUACGGGCAUGUCGGCACCGUUUUCGCAGCAGCCCCCUGCUCAUUCGACUGGGUAUUCAAGUGUUGAUACUCUUCUCGGCGAUAUAUCUGGUCUUAUUGAGGUUUCGCAGAAGAGGUUUGCAGAGGAUCCACUUAAUCAAGAGAUACAGAAAAGGUUAAAAGCUUUGCUUGACUUGAAGGCUAUUUUACAGACGCAACAGCUUCCCCCGGCUCAACUUGCGUUGGUCAGAGAACAGGUGACGAGGUUAGCUAACCCGACCCCUCCCCCCGCUAUGGCUAUAGCCCCCCCUCCGCCUCCGCCUCCUCCGCCUCCACCGGCAAUACAGCUGCCAUUCUCGAAGCAGGACCUCGCGGCGUUGUUGGCGACUGCCACCCAAAAUCAGCCUUUAGUUGUUCCCCCUCCCAUCCCUCCUCCGCCGCCACCGCCGCCACCUCCUCCGGCUCCGCAAACGUUGCUACCCUCAGCUCUACCCAAUUUGUUUACGCCCCCUGGCGAUGCAGCUUCUCUAUUUGCUUCAUUACAGAAAGCAGGUUUGCUCCCAGGACUGUCUGCUAACAUUCCACCACCACCUCCUCCUCCGCCGCCUCCCACUGGGCUGCCUCCAUUCUUGUUCCCACUACCGGGAAGUAGUUUUACACCACCACCUCCUCCAAUUCCCCCGCAGAUCCCAAUGCGGCAAGGUAAAAUUGAUUGGCGCUCAAUAGACGUAGAAAUGAACACUAUGUCCCUUAAAAUGUAG